AAUUUAUAAAUGCAGGACGUUUAUCAAUGAUGAUUGAUUUUUAUGGUCUUUCUAGUUGUCGAAUGCUUCGUACAUUAAAUGAAACCGAAUCAAAAGGUGAUAUAACGAAACUUGCUUUUACAUAUCUUUGUGAACAAGUUGUACUUGGUUCCUACCCUUUUGGAGUUGGUAUUCGUGGCGAAGGAGAAAGUACGCAUGAGCUACUAGAAUCUCACAGGUGUCUCGUUGAAAAUUUAAGUGGAGGUAAAAUUAAUUAUUAUUUGAUAAUCACUUUGUCGACAUCUUGUUAG